UGGACAGAUCAAGUCCGGGCGGAAGUGAGUUCGCAGGCUUAUCCACAAGGUUGCCCACUGAACGGUGACGCACUGGAGGAGCCCAAGGAAGGACAGCUUUCGGUCCAACGAUUCAUUCGGCACGAGCCGCGUCGCUCGAGACCAAAGCGAGACCAAUGCGAAGACACGUGACGAGACCAGCUCCACGCUUGGGCCACUCUUAGAGACGCGCUCUCUCCAACCACCUUUUCCACAAUCACGUUGCACUCCCUCACGCACGCUUCUGGCGCCAGAAUGCCCGCCAGAUCGGGCACCUCGUCCUCAAGUAUGCAUACCGCCGCGUCCUUCAGCUCGAGUUUCAUGGACGGCUCCCCGUCACGCCAGUCGCCCAAUCGCAAUGGCGUCGCCCGACCCCAUCGAGAGUCGCUUGUCCGCGAUCCCUAUGAGAGCCCGUCCCGACAAAUGGCCCUAGAAUUCAACUUGCGGCUCAGCAUGUCUGACAGGGACUUCAAUGAGAAACUGGACCAAGCUGCAGCAGAGCGCGCCAAACUGCACGCCGAGCAACUUGCGAGAGCCACCGAGGAACACGAGAGGGUGCGCAGGGGUGCAGAGCUGGAGAUACAGCGGAUACUGCUAGAAGAGGAACAAGCAAAAGCGCGGAGAGAGGAAGCCCAGAAACGAGAAAUCGAGCGGCUACGACACGAGAAGGCACGGGAAGAAGCAGAGGCACACCGAAGAGCACUGGAAGCUAGGCGACGCGAAGAGGAGGCUGCUCGACAGACGGCAGAACAUCACAAGAAGCUACAGGAGGCCGAAGCACGCCUCAGGGCCCAGAAGGACCAAGAGGCCGCAGCAGAGAGGCAAAAGAAAGACCAGGUGGACGCGGAUCGCAAAGCUGCAGAGGCCGCAGCCGCCGCACAGAAAGCUCGAGCACAGCUGGCUCCCCAACAACCAGCACCCCAGACUACACCUGCGCCUGCAGCCGCACCCACAACAGCGACACCUCUAAAGCCAUCGGCCAACGCACAAUCACCGACAGCCAAUGUCGACCAAAUCCACGCCAAAUACCUCGAACUGCACCUACGAAUGAAACAGUUCCGAAUUGCCUUCUGGAAUGAGCACAAGAAACCACAGUCGCCCCUCAAGCAGCCGGUUGGCGAUGCUCGGCGCGCUCUCCGCACCAGGCUCGGCCAGAUCAACGUGGAGCGAAAGGAUAGCGUUGCUGCCAUCAAGCGACUACGAGAGGAAUGCUUCGACAUGGCGCUAAAUUCCCAGGGUCCAAUGAUUGACAUUCGACCCUAUAUCGUCGCGCACGAAAUACCACCAUUGGCGAAUGAAGCUGAGGCUGCUUAUCCUGCCUUCCUGCUUUAUGUGUGGAUCUGUUUCGAGAAGUUCCUGCUCAAGCAGUUUGAGAAAGAAGCUGCGAACGAGGACGGGCGCAUCAUUCAGGAGAUUGGUCUGAUUGCUGCAAGUCUACUCGGCGAUCAGAAGUACAUGUGGAAAGGCAUCCCUCUUACCGACAUUGUGCUAGCUAAACUGCACCGCGCCUGUCCGCCCCUUUUCGGCGUCCGAGGCACCAUGAAUACCGCCGAGGGCCGCAUUCGACUAGGCUGGAUGCCCGACUCAACCCUCGACGCGUACAAUCAGCGCCUGCGCGGCGUAGGCGCUGGUUAUGCCGCAAUGUCUCUACGCACAUUUGCCUCGAAAGCGCCCGCCCUACCAAUAUCCGAGUAUUGGCGGGCUAUUGUGUUACUCUGCAACACGCCUCCUGAGCAUCUUUGGCCGGGACAUUUUGCCAUUCUCAACGGCUUGAUUCGAGAUUACUAUAAGAAGUUCUUGAGCUUCUACGGAGUACCCGCUCGAGGCGUACUACGUCGUGCGACUAUCGAUUUGCCGGCUCGCGCACCGGAGCGCUGCAAGGAUGCCGCCGGCACAGUCAGCGUAUUGCCCGAAGGUUGGAAGAAAGAGAAGUUCUUUUUAGAUUGAGGGAACUGUACCAUGAUGUAUGGUGGGCAGAGCUCAGGGGAUAGUGUGCGGUCAUUUCAAAAUGCGCAUCUUGGGGGUUCUUUCCGGUUCAAAUGUGCAUAGGCUUGGCGUUUACAGCAUUAGCAUGGCCAAUGGCCAUCGCUACCUCUUUUCUCUUUUGUCAAAGGGCGGAUGUCAGAUUGUAUGCAUAUCGGCGCUGUCGCAAUAGAAUAAUUACGCGUCUGUCCACUACACUGGCCUCGUCUACGUACUCCCUUGCACUUGGCAUCUCUAACAGUAUGAAUCAACAAAUCCUUCUACAUCGCUACCGU